GGUAUUCAUAACGACUUGUCUCUAAUCAAGGAGUCGUUUAAUAUGAGCGCAAACUUUAGGCCACAGAAUGUGUUGGAUUUGUCCAAAUUCAUGGAAUAUAUAUUGAGUGAAUUCACGGAUCUUAUCGCCGACACAGUCAUAGCUGAGGCCCGAAGAAAAGACUUGAAAGGGUUGUCCAAAACUGUGUUCAUACUGUUGGGCAAAGCGCUCAACAAAUCGGAACAGUUUUCCGAUUGGAAUCGGCGGCCAUUACGCGAAGAUCAGGUGAAAUACGCGGCUUUGGAUGCCUUCUGUUUGGUUGAAGUGUUCAAUAAAUUGAAGCAAUUGUUUGAAGAAAAGGGCUAUAAUUUCGAGGAAUUUGUGCACAAUUUUAUUGCCGGAAAACUACAUAAAACUAACAAACAAAUCAAGGAUAAGGUCAACGAGGGUCAGCCAGAGAUCACAUACCCGCCCAUUAAUGUCAAGAACUUUCGCUGCGUCUGCGAUACUAUGCUUCAGGGUUUGGGUCGUUAUCUGCGUAUAUGCGGCGCCGACGUCGAGAUACUGGAGUCGACCGACAAUCACGAUAAGGCGGCGCGCAUUGCGAUGGAACAGAGCCGGAUACUCUUGACGUGUGGCGCGCCCUACGAGUACUACAAGAGUCGACUGUCCACUGGUAUGUGUUAUCGCGUGAGUAAUAACGCGUCGGCCUUCGAGCAAAUGGAAAUGGUUUUGAUUCGCUUCAACAUCAAAGUCAGUGAGGAAGACUUGUUCACGCGGUGCCCGAAAUGCAAUUGCAAUCACUUUCAGGUGAUGACUGUGAGCCAAAUGCAGGACACGUACCGAAACCGGAGUCACUAUAAGACCAAUUCGGGAGCGCCCGUCAAGUUCGAGGGCUUUCACGUCAGUACUUUCGAUACGGUUAAGGAGUUCCUGUUGUGCACCAAAUGCGGUCAAAUCUUUUGGGACGGCUGUCACCAAACCCGAUGGAAAGACAAGAUUCAGUCCAUUCUAUUCCCCAAUCAAACGCCCACUAAAGCCCACGACCCGGAAGUGAUUUGUUUGGAUUGA